CUCUUCUCCACUGUCAAUUCAAAUCAUCAUCUUCCUCUUCUUCUUACCUGGCCAUAUUUACUUGAUCAUGGCUACGCCAAACGAAGCUUCGGCUCUUUCCCUCAUCAAGAAGUAUCUCCUCGACGAACUGUCUCCUCUGCCUAACACCAACCGAUGGAUGAACGAACCGGAUUUCUCAAUCUUCGGUUCUUCUGAUCAAACCGGAUUCGAGUUUUCGCAAUGCGAAGCCAAACCGGAAAUAAUCGAUCUCGUCACUCCCAAACCGGACAUUUCUGAUUUCGACGUGAAAUCCGAAGCUCCACUUGAAGCGUACGAUUCAUUCACGUUCCAGUCGAAUCCACAUCGCGUUACUGCUCAAUCCAAUCGGAAACCGCCGUUGAAGAUCGCGCCGCCGAACCGAACCAAGUGGAUUCAAUUCGCAACCGGGAAUCCUAAACCGGAGAAACCCGUACCGGCGGUAGCAGCAGUAGCAGAGGAGAAGUGGCAUUACAGGGGAGUGAGGAUGAGGCCGUGGGGGAAAUUCGCGGCGGAGAUCCGUGACCCUAACCGUCGUGGAACUAGGGUUUGGCUCGGGACGUUCGAGACGGCGAUCGAAGCGGCUAGAGCUUACGACAAAGCAGCGUUUAGACUCCGAGGAUCAAAGGCGAUCGUCAAUUUCCCGCUUGAAGUUGGCAUGUGGAAUCCACACGCUGAAGAUGGUCAUGGCGGCCAGGAUAACAAACGGAAGAGAGACAACGACGAGGAGGAAGUGACGGUGGUGGUUGAGAAGGUGCAAAAGACGGAGGAGAGUCACGCCGUUAGCUGUGGCGGAGAGAACGUUGAGUCAGAUUUGACGGCGAUAGAUGACUGGGAUUUGACGGAGUUUCUGAGCAUGCCGCUUUUAUCGCCGUUAUCUCCACACCCACCGUUUGGUUUUCCACAAUUGACUGUUGUUUGAAUUUUUCUUUAUUUUGUUCAUCUGUUGGGUCAGCUUUGAUGUAUGCUGACGUGGAAAUGUGUCUCGAGGAGAUAUAUUCAUUUAUUUAUUUGUUUCUUUUUAUAUAAUACAACCUUCAAUA